AUGCCAGAGCCCACAAAGAAAGAUGAGACGCCAAAUGGCCAGCCAGAAAGUGUCCCGUCCCUACCUGAGAUUUCCCUGGAGGUCUCUCCACCCCCAGAGGCGGUAGCAGAGGGGAAAGAGCCAGUAGAGACUGAUGAGAAGAAACCAGAGCCCCCAAAACCUGAGCCAUUACAGGCUGUGGUGGCCCAGGAGCCAAGCCCCACUGAGAAUGGCUCUAACCAACCACAGUCAGGUGGGGUUGGGGUGAAAGAGCAAGCAGAGUCCACUAACUCUACUAUAAAGGAAGAUGACCCUUGCUCUCCCCCAUCACCUGAAGAUGCCAAUUCACUCAAGAAACUCUCAAUUGACCUGCCUAAUGAUAGCGUUCCAGCCAGGGGGAGAAAAGACUCAGUGUGGUCUCUGGGAGAGGGUCAGGCCCCAGAAGAUCUGGAAAAGCCUAUCGACCAACCGCCACUGUCCAUCCUGCUGAUAGAGAAACCCGAAAGCGCCACUGUUCCUCUGGGUGGCGACAUCACCUUUGUUGCCAAAGUGGAGGCCAAAGAUCUUCUCCGUAAACCAACUGUCAAGUGGUUUAAAGGAAAAUGGAUGGAUCUGGCCAGCAAGACAGGGAAGCACUUACAGCUGAAAGAGACCUUUGAACGUGCAACCAAGAUCCACACGUUUGAGAUGCACAUCAUUAAGGCCAAAGAGAAUUAUGCUGGAAAUUACAGGGUUGAGGUCACUUACAAGGACAAGUUUGACAGCUGCUCCUUUGACUUGGAAGUUAAAGAGAAUGAAGGGGGCUCACAGGCUAUUGAUAUUCGAUCAGCUUUCAAAAGAAGCAGUGAAGGACAAGAAGAUGCAGGGGAGCUUGACUUUAGUGGUCUUCUUAAACGUAGAGAACAAAGGGAGCCUAAGCAGCAGGAGGAGACUCCAGAGGUGGAUGUAUGGGAAAUCCUGAAGAAUGCCCGGCCUGACGAGUAUGAGUCGAUUGCUUUCAAGUAUGGCAUCACAGAUCUGAGAGGCCUGCUGAAGAGGCUGAAGAAGGUAAAGAAGGAGGUAAAGAAGACUGAAGCUUUUGCAAAGAAGCUGGAUCCUGCAUAUCAGGUGGAUAAGGGUGGAAAGAUCCGCUUGGUGGUGGAUCUGGCUGACCCCACAGUUGAACUGAAGUGGUACAAGAAUGGACAGGAAAUCAGGCCCUCUCCCAAUCAAAGGAAGUAUAUUUUUGAGCAUAAGGGCACACAAAGGAUUAUGGUCAUCAACAACUGCUGUGCGAAUGAUGAUGCAGCCUACUCUGUAGCUGCAGGAGACGAGAAGUGCAGCACGGAGCUGUUUGUCAAAGAGUUGCCAAUUAAGAUCGUUAAAGGUCUCGAGCCUGUGAAGACCACAGUGAAUGAGAGGAUUGAGUUGGAGUGUGAGGUGUCAGAGGAGGGGGCUCAAGUCAAAUGGAUGAAGAAUGGUGUUGAGGUUCCAACCGGAGUGCGCUCGCGAUACCGAGUUAAGGCUGAGGGAACCAAACACUUCUUGGUGAUUGACGACGCCUCACGGGAAGACACUGGGACAUACUCCGUCAUGGCUUCUGGUGGCACAUCUGAGGCUCAUGUACAGGUUGACUUGAAACCACUGAAGAUAUACCAGGACCUGCAGGAUGUAACGGUGAUGCUGGGUCAACCCCUCAAGCUACACUGUGAGAUCUACCCAGGCAAUGUCCCAGGCCGCUGGUACAGGAAUGGACAGCUGAUCCAGCCCAGUGACCGCAUCAAUAUCAUACACAGAAACAAGGUCCACCGACUUGAAAUUGAGGCCACCUCCCUUCAUGAUACAGGAGAUUACACUUUUGUACCAGAGGGGUAUACACAGAGCCUGUGUUCCAAAGUUCAUGUCAUUGACCCUCCAAGGGUGCACUUGGAGAGCUUAAACUUCCCAGACAACACUGUGACAAUUGUAGCUGGAAAUAAACUUCGCUUGGAAAUCCCCAUCAGUGGUGAACCAGCACCCAGGGUGGUGUGGAUGAAGGGGGAAAGGGUCAUUCUUGAUUCGGGCAAUCGUGUCCGAGCUGAAACAUGUGGCGACCAGACCAGUCUGACAAUUGACGUAACAGAGCGAGAGGACACAGGGAACUAUAAGAUUGUCCUGCAAAAUGAGGCUGGUGAGGCCACAGCCAGCAUCAAGAUAAAGGUUGUAGACAUCCCUGAUGCUCCGGAAGCUCCUUUGGUCACAGGUGUGGGUGGUGAUUGGUGCACUAUGACAUGGGAACCACCCAAAUAUGAUGGAGGUUCACCAAUAUUAGGCUACUUCAUUGAGAGAAAAAAGAAACAGAGUUCAAGAUGGAUGAGACUGAACUUUGACCUAAUUAAAGAAACAUCAUUCGAACCCAAGAAGAUGAUUGAAGGUGUGCCUUAUGAAGUAAGGAUCUUUGCAGUCAAUGCCAUUGGUGUAUCCAAGCCAAGUGAACCAUCCAAAGCCUUUACUCCCCUUGCUGUAACCAGUGAGCCCACCAUGCUGGUUGUGGAUGAUGUGACUGACACCACAGUGACCGUGAAGUGGCGUCCUCCUGAAACCAUCGGAGCUGCUGGUCUGGAUGGAUACUUAGUGGAGUACUGCAUCGAAGGAAGUAAUGAUUGGGUAAUAUCUAACAAGGAGCUGACAGAGAAGACCAAGUACACAAUCACAGGGCUGACUCCAGGGGCUAAAAUCUUAGUUCGAGUGAAGGCCAUCAAUGCUGCUGGAGCCAGUGCUCCACGAACUCUUCAGCACUCCGUCUUUGUCAAAGAGGUUAUUGAACCACCCAAGAUCCGCGUCCCCCGACACUUAAAGCAGACCUACACUCGAAGAGUUGGAGAAGCAGUCAACCUUGUGGUGCCAUUUAUGGGCAAACCCAGGCCAAAAGUCACCUGGCUGAAGGAGGGUAAGCCUAUUGACCCUACCCAUGUCAACAUCCGCAACACAGACUGUGAUAGCAUCAUCUUCAUCCGUAAAGCAGAACGCAACCACUCUGGGAAUUAUGAAAUGAAAGUACAGGUUGAAAACCAUGAGGACAUGGCCAUUCUUGACAUACAAAUCGUAGACCUUCCUGGGCCUCCCCACAGUGUGACAAUUGAAGAUGUAUGGGGAGAGAACGUGGCUCUGGCCUGGACUCCUCCAAAAGACAACGGCAACGCCCCAAUAACAGGCUACACCAUUCAAAAGGCAGACAAGAAGACAAUGGAAUGGUACACAUGCAUUGAGCACUACCAUCGCAACUGCAUCGCUAUCACAGAGCUGGUGGUUGGGAACGAGUACUUCUUCAGGGUCUUCUCGGAGAACAUGUGUGGUCUGAGCGAAGCCGCCACCCAAACCAAAAAUAGCGCGCUCAUCCUCAAAGAAGGUUUGCAGGUGAAAAAGCCUGAGUACAAUGAUCACGACUUCAAAGAAGCACCGAAGUUCACGCAGCCCCUGAUCAACACUUUUGCCAUCGCCGGCUACAAUGCUACUCUCAACUGUAGCGUGCGCGCCAACCCAAGGGCCAAAGUGACCUGGAUGAAGAAUAAGAUAAUCAUCAUCGAUGACCCACGCUACCGCAUGUUUAGCAACCAAGGAGUCUGUACUCUUGAGAUCAGGAAGCCCAGCCCUUAUGAUGGCGGUGUAUAUACCUGCAAGGCCGUCAACGACUUGGGAGAGGCCCAAGUGGACUGCAAGCUGGAGAUCAAAGGAGGGUUCACCUUUUGCGAGCUCAUGAAACGCGGAGUGCCCCUACACCUGAUUGACAAGUACAUGAACGAGACGAAGAUUGUCGAGCAAGAGAAGUAA